UAAAGUGGUUGGAAUCCCUCUAACGUAUUUGACGUUUCCUGCAGAAACAACAAAAAUUUUGUAUGAAAUGUUCAAGAACACAAUCGCAACAUGCCUUAUAAAUACCAACCUUGCCACACCCGUGUGCGAAGACUACCGAGAGUUGUACAAAUCCAGACCACAACGUUCUCUUCUUCAAGAAGUUCACUUUCUCUUCGACACCCAAGUCGAAGACGAACAACUUGGGAUUCGUCUCUACAGUAUUUCAUACGCCUGGGGAACUCUAAGAUUGGCACAUAGGAGACCAAAGAUAAUCAAGGAAGAUGGAAAAAUCGUACAAAAGGAUGCAACAAUAUACAUUACUUACGAAUCCGGAAGCAGAAACCCUUUGACAACGUACAGUCAACUUUCAAAGGACGACCCUCUUCCAUCAGGAUCAAAAUUCGAGUACAUUGUCGACCAAACGAUACGCGUACAAAAUACUCAUAUCUGCAUCACGGAGACAACACACGAUUACGUAUUUGCUGCAGCCUGUUCAGAGGAAUCAACGAGAUGGAUUCUAGAAAAAGAAAACAGCUACCUAAUUUCCCAAGAAUCCGAAAUGUGUCUUACCGUAGGGGUCGACGAAACCUUAAAAUUGGAAAAGUGUGCUUUGGAAGGAGAUACCAGGAAAAACCAGCAGUGGUUCUUUCAAACAAUAAAUACCAAUCCGGAUGUUAUAGAAAAUUUUCCCGACGUAACAUUGCAGGAUAUUCAAGAAGUCCGAUUAGAACAACGAAGAGCAAUUACAACCACAAUCAACUCACCCAUACUUGGCGGUAUCUUGAAAGCAAAUCACGGCAGCGGAAACAUCAUCUGGGACAUGAUCGCCUGGGGAUUGUUGAAGAACGGACAAUAUGCAAACGGAAAAUGUGUCACACAUCAUGGGCUUGAACAACAACUAACCAUGGAAGAUUGUGACACAGAUUGGACAAAAUGUCAAGAAGAACUAAAAACAUUUAUCACAAGUAACGAUCCCCUGGUGCAAUCACAAGUAUCCGUAGGAAACUGCAGUAGAGCCACUACCAAAGGCCAAGCUUUCGAGUAUACGUCUGAUUUCACCAUUAGACCGUUCAACACUAACGCUUGCGUCAAGGCAAACACAACAAUGCUUAUUCUACAGGAAUGCGCCAACACCAGUUCAAUUUGGGGCACUUUCGAACACACAGGACAGCUCAUGGCAACAGACAGAACUGGCCUACAUUCACUGGCGUCAGACAGAAAAUGUCUCACACUAAAAGUAGGACGUCUGAGUUUAGGGCAUUGCCACGGUUCAAGUAGAAAACAACAGUUUAACUUCGAAUAUCGAAACCCGCACCAAAUACGGACGCUUUCAGCAGCAGCCAUUAUAGCGCUUCACACUCAACAAUCAUUGGACGGAACACAACUCCCACUUAUACCCCCUCUUCACAAAAGAGAAAGUAAAGCAAACAACGAAAACUUAACCACGCCCACCACACAAAAAUCUAUUUCAUCUACUGCAAGCACCACAACGACAGUAAAACCAACUACAAAAUUAAGCACAACCACAAUUAAAACAACAAUAGCAACAACAGCCAUAAAAACGACCGUUAAAAGCGCACCACCGACAACUAGGCCUACAACAACUACUAAGCCUACGACCACCACAACUAAGCCUACGACCACCACAACUAAGCCUACGACUACCACAACUAAGCCUACGACUACCACAACCAAGCCUACAACUACAACAACAAAGCCUACAACUACAACAAAUAAGCCUACUACUACAACUACUACGCCUACAACUACAACAACAAAGUCUACGACUACAACUACUACGCCUACAACUACAACAACAAAGUCUACGACUACAACUACUACGCCUACAACUACGACAACAAAGCCUACAACUACAACAAAUAAGCCUACAACUACAACUACCACAGCUACAACUACAACUACUGAGCCAACGACUACAACCACUAGGCCUACAACUCCAAGUACUGAAGAUACAUUGCAAUCAACUACAACUGAAACCACGUCCACUACACAAUCAUCAACGACAACUAUAGCGACAACAACAACUGAAUCAAUAAGCAAUUCAACAACACCUCUCACAACAACUGAAAAAAUAGGUCUACCCCAAAAUAUAGAAGAAUUCGGUGACAAAAUUAAAUUCGAUAUUUCAAAAAUGCAUGAGCAAUAUAAAAUAAGUAUAGAAACAGAACACGAAAACAAACUUGCAAAAGAAAUUCGCGACGUAUAUUGUCAACUAUCAACGAUAAAGAAAACUCAAGCGGUGAUGUUAGCUCAAAGUAACGGAAUUCUUGCCGCUUCAGCGCUCGGAUUACCCAUCUGUACGAGACUACAAGGCUUCGGACAAGCGAUGACGCUCCAACAAUGUGAAACCAAACGGAUUUUCAUCUCUGCAAAAGAAUCGAAAUGUGGAUUUCAACCAUUCUUUACCUAUGAAGACAAAAACUGCACUAUCGGAGUAGAUGGAUGGUCCAUACAUCCAUAUUCCGAUUGCUUUUGGAAAACUCAUUUGGUGAAUUUAAAUGGAUUCCAUCACACCUGGGAACACAAUUCAACAAAUGGAGAAUGGGUAAAACAAAAAGCAAGCAUUCACAUGCCGAACUUAGACCUCAUCACAGAAUUCGAAGAGUUGCACCUGAAUGAUUUCGACUACAGUCUGAAGAGCCAUCCAGCGCAUGAAACAAUGGAAAUGGAACAAUUAAAUAUCCUAAACGAUCUAGUAGGCCUAAUGCAGGAAUCAAAUUCAAAAUCUGUUUCUGACAUAGUGAUGUCAGAAAAACAAAAUAAUCAGAUAGGAACCAUGUUCUCAUGGUUCGACACAUCAAAAAUUCUUAUCCUAUCUAUCAUAGGAUUCAUUGUAUUCAUCAUAUCCCUACGCAUAUUGAUCAUUUGUGACCCUUUUACAAGAAUCAUGGAAAAAAUUCGACAAGCUAGAAGAUUAAGACGAUAUGGAAUAACUACGGAAGAAGCGCACGAAUUAACUUCAAUGAUCCCAAAUUCAGGCACUCAACCACCGGAAGAAAUAAUAGAGCAACCGUUCACUAGGAUGACGGCUCCUACACCUCUUACCAUGGAAAGACCCACACAAUCACGCCCGGCUCAACCAAGCGCACCGAAACAACGUAAUAUUUAUCCUGUCAUAACAGUGAAGACGCAGUGCAACGUAAUGAAGCAAGUGAUAGUGAAAGCCAACCAGAAAUAA